AUGAACGUUCGUCGGGAGAGAUCUAAUCCUGCAAAUUUCGUCGGGAUAGACAUGUGCCAAAGAGUAGUCAUCGGGAUAGGUUUAAAAAAUUGGCCUAGGCGGCCUGGGCGGGGUUUAGGGUCUGUGUGCCAGUGUGGGUCUGUUGCAUUUUUCCCAGAUUGUCCUCCUUUGACUGUUGACACUACCUUUACACGGUUUACAAUUUGCUUGGAGAUUGGCAAUUUCUUGUUGGAGAAGUUCUGUCGUGCAUCUCGAGUACAGAAAACAUUGCAAGUUUCAUCUGACAAUAUUGGAUGGUUGCCGGGCACUCCUGGCAUGCCUGGUGUGGAGGAUGGUACAGCACUUUAA